UGAUUGGAACAGCAUGAGAGGGAAAGAUUGUCAAGUGAAAUUAAGCGAGAUUGUAUUUAAGGCUGAGCGUUUAAAACAUUGAUUUUUCUGCCAGGUUAACUAGAAAUUUUGUUUUGAAGGGAAAUACAAAUCUGUGUAAAUCUGAAUUAAAAACAGGAGAUUUAGCAGGUCAGAGUUUCUCGGGCCAAACAUUACAUCCAGUUUCUCUUCCCACCGAUGCUGCCGGACGUGCGGAAUGUUUCCUGCAUUAUCACAGCCAUUGUUAUACUCUGAAGUUGUCACUCUCUCUGUUCUGAAGCAGUAACUAUCACUACUGCCCCUCCCGGAGGAUCCAGACAAAGUCCAAUUCAAGUGAACCAGGGUUGAGUUUCACUGCUGAGCAGGUCACACAUCUCAGUGGCCAGGAACCCUCGCAGUGCAAGUGUUCCCGAACCCGUCAAGGCUUUACCUCGCCUGUUCAAACAGCUAUGUAAUCCACUUCCUGAAUAUUUCAUGGAGACGCACUAUUUUUCGUGGCUGCGCUGCUAGGUUUCAGUUUACAAAAGGAACAUCUCUCUCUCAGCAGUAUUGAUUGGAGGGCUUGCAACUUUCUGGAACAAAGCUUCACACUUGGUGGUUAAUUCUUUAAAAGAGAGAAAGCAAGGAAGGUGAUACAAGUGACCUAAAGAGCAGAAACCAUGAAGCUGCGUUUCAGAAGGAUGAGCUCAUCUGUUUCGCGGGAGCUGCAGUGUCCACAGGUAUUUGGUCGCUCCAUAUCUCAGGAAUCUGUUGAGAGCUCCUCAAUGGAGGACUUCUGGAGUGAGGUGAGGAGCAUUAAGGAAAGCAGACAGAAUGGACAAGAGGAGCAGCCACUAGUGGAAGUCAAGCCAUCGGAAGAAGGGGAAAUGGAAGCAGAGUGGCUUCAGGAGGUGGGAUUGUCCACCCUUGUGUCGGGCACUGCCGGAGAGAAUGGGAUGGCGCUGCUGUCCACGUUGACCCGGGCGCAGGCGGCAGCGGUCCAGCGCCGGCUGGACACCUUCACCCAGACCACCAGGAGGAGGAGCAAGCAGCCAGUCCGAGAUGUUCGAGACGUGUUUGGUCCUACAGACUCUCCGGCCAGAAUUGAGUUCAUGGCACCUGAGUCAACACCUACUUCCAAUGGUGUACAACAGGCAGAGGAUAAAACGUCCUGGAAUCCCACAAAAGAAAAUAUCAAAAAUGAUGCAAUCGAAAGCCAGCAAAGCAACGCCGAAAUCACAGAAGACCUGAACUGGGAUAUCCCCUACUCCGAGUCUCUGAUGGCAGCUCAGAAACUGCAGCGACCCAGAACCAACUGUAUAAAGCGGCCCAACAACACAAUGUUACCGAAAUUCACCAUCCCAAAAGACAGACUUGGGUUAACGCAGAUUGGCGAUCUGUCUUGUCAGGAUAUGAAAAAGAUCCAUAACCUUGCUCUAAUAGAGAUAACCACUUUUUAUGAUGCGCUGGGUUUGGAUCUGAAGAGAAGCAGACUUGUGAAGGUGAAAGCAAAGGAAACUGGACUCUUUGGUGUUCCCCUCACUACGUUGCUUGAAAAUGAUCAAAAGAAAGUUCCAGGAACAAAAAUCCCUCUUAUCUUUCAAAAGCUUUUGUCAAAAAUGGAGGAAACUGGUUUGGAUGCUGAAGGAAUUCUGCGAGUGCCCGGGUCUGCCUCAAGGGUGAAGAAUUAUCGGCAAGAGCUGGAGUCGAAGUUUUACGAAGCUUUUGAUUGGGACCAAGUUCACCAUAAUGAUGUAGCAGGCUUACUGAAGACCUUCAUCCGAGAACUACCCUACCCAUUGCUCACAGCUGAAUACCUGCCUGCUUUCAUAGCUGUGCAAAACAUCUCACAGACGAAGCUGCAGUUACAGGCUCUACAUCUUAUCAUCAUGUUGCUUCCUGAUCUCAACAGAGACACUAUUAAGGCUUUUUUGGAAUAUCUCAGCAAAGUCGUAGCAAAUGAGGCCAAAAACAGAAUGAGUUUGUGGAAUGUCUCCAUGAUCGUGGCACCAAACCUCUUCAUGUGCAAAGGGAGAUCUGGCAACCAUCAAGAAGCAGAGGCAGCCACCAAGGCGGCCAAAAUCGUCCAAUUACUAAUCAAAUACCAGGACAUCCUCUGGACGAUCCCUUCCUUUGUGUUAGCCCAAGUGCGGAAGAUGAAUGAAAAUGAGACCAGGCGACGGACAAGGGUGACGUGGCUGACUCCUCCUUCGUUUUUCUUCCCUCCUGCCAAGGGAAACUGCUCGCCCCCAUCUGGAAGCUCUUCCCGAGGUCGAAGUCGGAACCAGGAGCCCGCCAUGUGGGACGUGGCUGGUGUGAACUUGUCUCCAAGUGCUCUGGGCCACAGCUUUCAGCUGGACAUACCAGAGGGAGUGAUCCGUGUUUAUGCCACAAAGCUCUCGAAGGUUUCCAUGGCCAUUCAGCUAGAUAGUGAGACAAAAGCAAGUGAUAUUUUGGCUAGAUUUCACUGUGAGACCAGCACGUAUUCUACUGUACCUCUCAAUGGACCCAGCCAUUAUUUGUUCGAAAUUGGUGGAAACAUAGGAGAGCGCUGCCUGGAUCUCAACACCUACAUUCUAGACUUGUACCGUUUAAACCCCAACGCAGCUUGGGUCAUUAAACCAAGAACACUGUGAGAUUGCUUGCUGUAGACCGACGGCCAUAACAUGAUUCUUGAAGCAGAGGUGGCGAAUGUGACUGUUGGGAUUUCUGAGAACUAUGGAUGUUUUACUGUGGAGACUUUGUGCCUAAGGCUUUGGCUGUUGUUACCGGCAGGGGUUUGCUUUCAAUGGUGAUCAUUUCAGUAGUAGUCACCAUCUUACUCCUCAGGUUAAGCGAUUUCAUGCAGCUGGUUUACCAUUUAGCGGGGACGGGGGAGGGGGGGAGAGAGAAUUGGGGGGCGGGGGGGGGGGGUUCAUAAAGCACUAACGAGAGUGCUCAACAUUUGAAAGUUUAUCCUUUUCCUCCGGAAACUCAGCGGGUUGGAAUCAGCUGCACAUUUGUGCGUGACCUAAGAUAAACAACUUGCGGUAACUCAUCUGGAGGCGUUUGAGCAACAAGUUAGCUCCCAGACAGAAACAUUAUGGACACAGACUUUAAAGGAAUGUGCAUUUUAAACAACUGUGGCAACUUGAGCAGACCACACAGUGGGGGUAAACCACACACACACAUCUAAGCGUGCUUCUACCUUGUGUCCUCUCUUGCCGGCUGAGCUUAUGGACGCGGUAUGGAUAACAGCCAAAGAAUCAACCAGGAGGACGUAUUAUUUCUUUUGCAAGAACAGCCAUUUGGCGGCGAAUGGAAACGGUGCCAAAUUCCACGCAUCCGAUCAGACGGGAAGUUGUUACGUAAAAAGAGAGGAUGAUAGCUGCACCUGCACUAGCUCGGAAUUCCUGUCGGAUCAUGACCCUGGGCCGAGUUACGAGUCGGCCUGGAAUUUUGUUUUGCAGCAAGCUGAAGGCCAGGCUUUCAAACUGGGUUCUCACAGUGCUGGUGUGUGUGUGUACGGAAAGGCGAGCUGUGGUCACUGCAAGCAAAUGAGGCCUCGCAUCCACUGGAAAUAAAAGCCUGCUUAAAAAAAUACACGCAGGAAGCUGAAUGGCAGGAUGGGGGCGGGAAUCUCUAUGCAACCUAAUCUCCAUUCGGUAGCGCCUGUUGACUAAGUGCUAUUCGUGCCUUGGCUGUAGCUCUGAUAUCUCCAGAGGAAUCGACCUCUUGUGUGAAGUGCUACGAGCAGAAAGUGAGGCACUGCGUGAAGAAAAAUUAUUGGCAUUUUCCAUGCAUCUGGCCAUCUUCAUUUACCCUGAGACUUUGAAUAUAUAAUUGGAGCACAGAUCAUUUGCAAUCUCAUUGAAAGGUGGAUCAGAACAGAGGGGCUAAAUGACUCCAUCCUCUUCAUAUGUUUAGUCUGCAAGUGAGCUUGUGAGAUUACUCUGGUACUUUGGGGAUAAUUCCUGGGACACACAAGCACUGCCACACUGUUCAGAGAGUCCGUCUCUUUACAUAAAUGUUGCUGGCAGUCUCUAGGGAUCUUUCACCGACAUGAAUAUUGACCACGUUGUUUUUGUUUGGGGGGGACAGGGCUGUCUUUGUGUGAGAAUGGCCUCCAUUGAUUUUUCAGCCACCCCGAUGGGGGCGAAGAAAACGUAGGAUAGUUUGCUUUUUUAUACAUCUAUGCAAGCUGAAGAGGUAUUGUACCUAUUCUUCAGCUCGUAGUGCUUUGUAGUAACUGAAUCAUGUUAGCAGGGCGUGAAAAACUGUUUGGUGAAAAACAUUAUAUAAUUUGCAUGCUCGACUGUCAAAAUAUCAAUUCCACUGUACAACUGACAAAACUUCCUGUUUACAUAGAACUGCAUGGAACUUAGAGUGGAGAAACAGGCAGUGUUGUCCAAUUGAUCUCUGCCAAUGUAAAUGCUCUACAGAGCUUCCUCCCAUUGUAGCUCGUUUAACCCUCUCUGCAUGAUCUUCCGUUCGAACUGUGCAGUCCGCAUUCAAUUGUCCCUUAAGGCACAGACAUUGUGUGAUCACAUUAAGAGUACCAUAGACACAUUACAAGUUGUUUGUUGCAAUUGCUUUUGGGAGA